GCUUCAGAUAAAGUCCUCGGAGCGACGAUGCUCGCGGUCGCCCUUGUCGUCUUUGGGUACUAUACCACAUGGGCGUUGUUCCUGCCAUUCCUCCCCGAAUCAUCACCCCUCCAAUCCUUCUUCCCCGCCCGCGAAUGGGCCGUCCGUCUCCCCGUCCUCCUUCUCCUAUCAGGCAUGAUCGGCGUAUCGCUCUUCUUUGGAAAGGUUGCCAUGGCGGAAGCGCGGAAGAAGCGGAGAUCAGCAGGAAAGGCGGCUUGA